UUUACUCGAAAACCUUAUGUUAUCUUCAAUAUUUCAUAAAUAAAUAAAAAGUUCUCUAACCUCUUCACACUCAUUUCUCUCUAGACUUGGGUUGGGUCCCUCACUUCAGUUAGUCAUGAACCCUAAGUUCACCAUCAAAGUUCAUUUUUCUGGGCUAUGCACAAUCCUUCUACUCCUCCUCCGUCGAGCCACCGCCUCCGCCGACGUGAUCCGAUGGCCGCAUCCGCCGCCGUUGCCGGUACUUCCCCUCCCAUCAUUCUCUCAGCUCAAAUGGCAAGAAAGAGAGAUCAUAAUAUUCCUCCACUUCGGCAUCAACACCUUCACCGGUUCCGAGUGGGGGACCGGCCGUGAGACCCCCUCCCUGUUCGACCCUCGUGGCCUCAACGCCUCUCAAUGGGUCGAAACGGCUCGUGACGCCGGAAUAUCCCUCGUCGUGCUGACGGCGAAACACCACGACGGGUUUUGUCUCUGGCCGUCUAAGUACACCGACCACUCCGUCAGGAGCAGUCCGUGGAGGAACGGCGGCGGAGAUGUCGUGGAGGAGCUCGUCCAGGCGGCGGUGGCUCACGGCGGAGGAAAGGUCGAUGUGGGACUGUACCUUUCGCCGUGGGAUAGACAUGACAUGAGAUACGGCAACGAGAGGUUGUACAACGAGUACUACUUGGCUCAGUUGCAAGAAUUGCUCACCAAGUAUGGGAGCGUGAAGGAGAUAUGGUUCGAUGGGGCCAAAGGUGCAAAUGCACCAAACAUGUCGUAUCACUUCGGGGAGUGGUUCCAAAUGGCUAAGGAGCUGCAAAGAUCAAUCAACAUCUUCUCGGACGCUGGCCCUGAUAUCAGAUGGGUCGGUAACGAACAUGGGUUCGCCGGUUCGACUUGUUGGUCGUCCAUCAACCGGACCUUGCUCUCCAUUGGAAGCUCGACCACUCUCGGAUAUCUGAAUUCAGGAGACCCAAAGGGGACAGAUUGGGUGCCGGCAGAGUGUGAUGUCUCGAUCAGACAAGGUUGGUUUUGGCACAAAUCACAGUCUCCGAAGAAGCUAAGUGAGCUUCUAGAGAUAUACUACAACUCCGUGGGAAGGAACUGCGUUCUUCUCAUCAACGUCCCACCAAACACAACCGGUCUCAUCCCUGAACCCGACGUCCAAAGAUUGAGGCAGUUCAGAUCCGUACUGGACCGUACAUUCUCCAAAAACAAGGCAGAGAAUUGUACGGUGAGAGCUAGUAGCCAAAGGGGUGGGCAAGGAGGUGGCUUCGGACCAGAAAACGUAAUCGACAAAGACCAUAUGUGGACAUACUGGUCACCGGACGAAGAGAUCGACGAUGGCAGUGACCAUUGGAUCGAGAUGACGUGUCGAGACAAAGGGUCGAGAUUCAAUGUGGUGAGGAUUCAGGAGGCAAUAGGGUUAGGACAGAGAAUCAAAAGACAUCAAGUAUACGUAGACGGUGAGAUGGUGGUAGAAGGAACAACAGUUGGGUACAAGAGGCUUCAUAGGCUUCCACGUGGCACUGUCACUGCCAAAGCGGUGAAGAUCGUGAUCAGAGACUCCAAAGACUUGCCUCUACUUUCUUCAGUGGGUUUGCAUUUUGAUCCUUACUGGCACCCAAUUAGAAACUAAUUUCGCUGUUUUUAAUCAGAAUAAACGGUCCAUAUUUGCUUGUACAUGAUGAUCAUCGGUGUGAAUCAAUAUAUAUAUAUAUAUAUUCUCAGACAUUUUUUUCA